UUGACUAAAAUGUCUGACGCUUUUCACGUAGUGGCACCGUUUGACUUGACCGUGCACGGAAACAGAACAGUGGAAUCGAAAAGGUCGGUUUUAAUCGUGACGCGCUCGACACAUCAUUAUUCUUAUCGUGGACAACAUGUAUUCGUCAGUCACUUAGCGCUUAACAAGGAAAGAACGAAAACAGAAGGGUAUUGACACAAUGUCACAGUCAGAAGAUGUAUAUGCUCCAGAGGAACCAACACCAGACAUUCCCAUAUCCUUGCUCGAUAUACAAAUGCCAGAAACACCAGAAAGCACAAAAGGUCAAACCAGUGAUGGAGAUACUCCCAGGUUGGAAAGUCCUAGAAUGCUUAAACCUGUGUUAGGGAAAGUACAAGCAAAAAAGAGAUUGAUGGCAUUCGUUAAUAAGUUUAAUGUCCUGCCGAAGGUUCCAAAUAAAACUGCUUUACUUCAGGCACAGUCUGCUAAGGUUUCGAAGACUAAAUCAGGUGGUGGGAAAUCUUCGCAAAAUGAUUCAAGCUUAAAUACAGACUCAGACUCUGUACAGCAAUUCCCUAAUCGUAAUCCGGGCAGCGGUAAAUCAAAGAAGAAAACAGAGGAGAAGAUAUUGGCUAUUGAAGAAAUCAGGAGGGAGGAGUCAAAAAGUAAAAUGUUAUUGGCAGAAGCAAUGGCUGCAGCUAGUUUAGAAGAAGAAAACUAUGUAAAUAGGAAUGGACAGAGUUUAUUAGAAAAUAUAAAAAGCACGAGAGAGAGAAAUAAACAAGAUAAUGUAUCUCGUAAAAGCGGUUCAAAAUCAUCGAUGGAGAGUAAAUAUUCCGAAAGGAGACGAUAUGGUAGAGAAGACAGAAGGGACAGCAUAAGUAGAGAAUCAAAGGAUUACAAUAGCAGCAAGGAAAGAUAUUAUAAGGACAGAGAUCAGCGUAGAAAAGAAAAAGAUAAGCGAGACGAUACCAGCAGGUAUGAAGAAAGUCGAGGCAGAAAAGAAGACGAAAGGGAUAAGAAGGAUAACGAGAAAGAUAAAUGGGAGGAGGUGAAAGAGAAGAAAGGAACAAGAGAAAAAAGAGAGGGCAUUCGGGAAAAGAAGAGCCCCUCUAGAGAGAGAAGUUCCGAAGUCAGGGAGAAAAAAGAAAAAGAAAGAGAUAAGGAUAAAGGAAAGGAGAGAGAUACGACAAAUUUUUCUUCGUGGGCGGAGCUGAAGAAAUGUGGUAUAACGAUGGAUGAUAUUAUGGACGUUAGAAGACGUGAUUAUUCAGAUCGAUUAUCAAAGAACAGAACACCUGAGGAUUACCUACGUUAUUUCGAUCAAAUGUUAAUGUUGAACGAUUGCCGCCUGAAACGGCAUGGUUUCGCCGCUGAGGGACUUGAAGGACCUAAAGAGUAUCCUCCUGAAUCAGUGAAGGUGACCAAGCGAGGAAGACCUCAACUAUUUUAUUCGGAGAAUCCGCGGGUGUCGCUCUUCCUUAGUCACGAACAAAUCCUCCACGUUGUCACUGGUGACCGUCGCGAGAAAAUCCGGGAGAUAUGUGAGGCGGAAAUUACACGAGACACUGCAGAGGAACCGGAGAAGCCAACACAAACCCGAAAUUGGUAUCCCAAAGCAGGUAUAUGCAAAUCCAGCGAACAGAUCUCUUGGGAAUUUCCUGUUAACGUGCAGCUGCCCAGAUCAAAAUGGGAUAGCGAGGAUGAGGACAGAUCAUCCAACGAUAUUGAAAAGCAGGAAGAAGAAGAAGAAGAAGAACAAGAAGAAAAAAGCGAAAUGAAAUCGGAUGAUGUAGAACGAGGACAAAAGAUAUUUUCUCCGCAUUCGAGCGUAACAGAGAAAGAUAUCGACAACGAUAAAGAAGCUGUUAACGAAUCUUGUGCCACCAAAGAAAUUGACAAUGACAAUCGACAAUCAGUGACUCCGUUGCUACAGUCUGCGGGCGAUGAGAAAUUGGCGUCGGAGUACGAGCAGUUCAUGAAAAUGGUUUGCACCGAUCUACCUACGUCGAAGGAAUUUUCACCGAAAACUAUCACAACGAAAUCUUCGUCGCCAAUGAGUUAUCAUGACUUCAUUAUAGAGACUAACCUCCCGGAGGACAAUAAUUUCACGUUUGUAGAGCAUAGCGGGUCCGGGAAAUCGGACCAGACAGACACGAGUAAAGAAGAGAAGUUGAAAAGCAACGCGAACCGUCAGAACGUUGAAGAUGCACCGGAAGAGGUGGAGGACCGAAUGUCGUCGUCGAGCAGUGCUCGUAUCGAGAUGCAGGAUCGUAGAAAAGAAAGUGAGACAACGAAGGAGAAGAGCGAGUCUGACGAUUCCAGAUCGAUUCCCAGCGACUGGGAGAACGUUCGGAUCAAGGUGGAGCGUUUGAGCGACGAAAAUUCGGACACGAGAGAAGUUAGGAAGAAGAAACGACGGAAGAAGGUGACUUCCAGCAGCGAAUCGAGCAGCACAUCCAGUUCAUCGGAUUCUGAGGAAGAAACGAAACGGCGAAGACGGAAACGGAAGUCGUCGAACAACGAUUCCAGCGCUUCGGACUCUGAGAGUAGCGAGAGUAGUAGCAGUAGCAGCGAUUCAUCCAGUUCGGACGAUAAGCGAAAGAAAAGACGAAAGAAAAAACGUAAGGCCGAGAAGAGGAAGAAGAAAGCGAAACGGGUAGCCAGAACGAGGAAAAAGAGGAGAAGAAAAGUCAGUUCCGACUCCAGUAACAGCGACUCGUCCGACGAUCGAAAGAAGAAAAAAGUGACCGGCAAGAAGUCGAAAGAAAAACGGGAACGUAACGAGAAAGUGAAUGAUAGCGAGGAUAUAUUGAAAGCAAUACAAAAAUCAUCGUUGGAGUCCUCGCCGCAAACGAAGAAGGUUAAGGAAGAGAGGAAGAUGGAGUCGAGGAAGAGGUCUGUCGAGAAACAUGAAAUUUGGAACAAAGAACAGGAACUGGUGCGUAGCGUCAUUUCAGAGAGCGGCGUGAUUAGUAAAGCUCACAAAGACGACGAGAAACGAGGGAAAACCGACGAGAGAUACCUGGAGGAAUGGGAAGUGGAUUCUGUGAUCAUGACGCAACAGAAGGCAGAGAGAAUAUCAAAGAGUGGCAACGAGAAAGUGGAGAACGUAGAGGGGGAUCUUCGAAAAGCAGAGAAGGAUGAACGGAGCAAAAAGGAUGAACGUGGAAAAAAGGAUGAUCGUUUGAAGGAGAAGCCUUCGAGUAUUGGUAAGGAGAUCAUACACGCGGGUUCGAGCAUCGAUGAAGAUAUUGACGGAAAGAAGAAGAAGAAAAAGGAUAAAGAGAAGAAAAGUAGCAAUGAAUUUUUGGCCGAUUGGGAGAAAUCGGAGAAGCAGAAGAGGGAAAAGUGGGGAGAGACAGAGUUUGAUACCCUAAACGUACCAUCCCUGACGCAGCUCGAAAGAGAGGUGAGCAAAAGGCAGCUGUUGGCGGACGAAUGGGAGGUCGACAGUUUGGAGGCUGUGCCGGAGUUGAUGAUCAACAAGAAAAAAUCUGGACGCGCUGCGAAGAAAGUUGAGAAGGAGGUACGUUAUGAUAAAAAGACGGAUACGUACAUAUCUAUAGAGAAGGAGACACUAAGGGAAUCUAAGAAAAGGCAGGACCGAUUGUCAGCGAUAAGAAUUUGGGAAGAGGAACAGGAGGAAGGUGAACGAGAAGCCAUGCUGCUUAUGGAACAGAAGUGUAAGCGAAAACGAGACGAAUGGGAUAUCGAGGAGGAAUCCUUCUUGCGCGAGAAAGGAGAAAUGGAAGAUAACAUUGAAGAAAAGAUAUCUGUGAUCGACAGUAUUCACAAAGAAAUAAAUGCGGCAACUGGUGACAUAGAUGCGUCCGUGAAACACGAUACAGUUGCAGUCAAGAAAAGUAGAAAGAGUCGUUGGGACAUUGCCUCGCAAGUGGAGGAGAAGAUGGAACUUAAGGCUCCUGUUAUGUGGGAAGAGGAGUGCGCUGAAUGGACAAAAAUAAACAAGUUUGACCGUAAAAUCGACAAACCAUCGUUGGAGCGUUGUGAUUCUAUUCUACUAAAAACUAAAAUAAAAGAUGAAGACGUUUGUGUCGAUCAACAGGCAAGAAAAUCAACGUCGAAGAGUUCCGAUUUUAUUGAUUUGUUCCCUAGGAAGUCUCAGGAUGUGGACUUGUUGGAGACAUCGUGGGCCUCUGAAGAACACACGAGAAGCAAGUCCCGGCUAAAAGGCCUGGAGAACAGUUCCCACAGAGACAUGUUCUUUGAUAAGGGAAACGAGCAAAUGUCUUCGUUGGGUUUGAAGGAACCUCACACUGCCGAACAAUUGAAAGACAUAUUUGAGAUGGACGUGAAUUUGAUUAAGAAAAAUGUAGAAUUAUACAGUCCUAGUUCUCCGGCGCUGUCUCAGAAGUCUGAGGGUAUGGAAGAAUUCGAAGACGACAACUCGGUCUUGUUGAAUCUGAGGGAUGAUCUGUCUCAGGAUAAGCUGAAGAAGGAGAGUUCAAUUAAAUCUGACGAAGAAUCUAUUUCCGUGUCCAACAUACCUCUUCAGAUCAAGUAUCGAGAAGGAAAGUAUUCGAAAUCCUCCGCGAUGAAGGAAGAAUUCGAAGAUAUUUUAAGAAUGCAGGCGGAACAUCAACCAUCUGAAACGAUGCUUCUUACGAAAGGGACUGAAGCAUCGCUCGACAAGCUAGCGAUCAACGAACCGUGUCCUGACACCAAUAAUUACAAGUCACUGCGAAUGGACAUAUUCGCUGAAUACGAGCCCGACGAGUCUCGUGGCAAAUUAACCACCAAGAACGCCGAGAUGGUGUCAUCUGUUGGUACAAAAGGGGAGGAAUCGACAGAGGGGAAAGCUGCUCUGAAGCUGAUCCCAAAACAGUUGCUUGUCCGUCGCAAUAACGAGCGUGUGAAGACUAAACUGGUCUCAGACGAUUCCAUACAGCACGCAGCAGCUCUUCUAACAAUCCAGAAGAAGCUGCGAGAGUCUCACGCGGUACGGCACGACAUGAAGAAUGUGCCUUGCGAUGAAUCAGCGAACGAAUUCAAAAUUCAAUGUGACAAGACAAGCAGCGCUGACAUAUCGGUCGCUAAUAUUGUUCCCACCGAACAGACCACCGUUACAGACGUUAAAGUGGAUUCGAAGGACUUGUCUAUAACUGUAAAAACAUCGAUUACCACGAAAUCCGAGUCACCGGGAGCUGUGAAGGUGGACUUUGAUCGCGUUGGGGAUUACAGAUCCGGUGACAAAGGGAACAUCAAAACGGAGGAGCUUAAAAAGCCUAGAUGUAGCGUCAGAGACAUCAGUGACACUGAAGCGCACGUUCGACCGCCUAGUAGAGAAGGAAGAGAACGGAAUAGAAGUCCAGGUAAAAGAGAGAAUGAGAAACGAGUCAGUGAUCGUGGGAAGGAAAAAAGAGAUAACAAGUUUGACGACAGAGAGAGAAAUGACAGACGGGACAGUAGAAGCUCGAGACAGGACUAUACUGAGAAGAGGAGAUCCAGCCCAUCUAGUAGUCGUAGGAGAAGAAGAAGUAUCAGUCCACGAACUUCUUGGGAGAGGGAAAGAAGUCGCAGUGUGAGUCACAGUCAUAGUUGGAGCAGGAGUAGAAGCAAGAGCCCGAAAAGGAAAGAGGAAUCGUUUUUGAAUAGGGAGAAGCGUACUAGUAGAAUCGACGAGGAAAGAUGUAGAUCCAAAAUGGAUGACAGAAGGGAGAGAUCUAUGAGAAGUCCUCCUCGGUCUAACACUGCCUCGUAUAACAAAGACCACUAUAAGAAGUAUGGAUCCACCAAAGAUCGCGAUGAUUGUAGCAGGAGAAAGUAUGGCUCCAUGGAACGGGACCGAGACAAAGAGGGAAGGCCGUAUGAUCCCAUGGAGGUUCUACGAGAAAGGAAUGCGGAUUCAGAUAGACACAGGGAGGGUAGAUUCCGAGGGGAUGAGCCGGACAGAUCCUACUGGCCUUACGAAUCGGAAAAUCUUUCACGAGAGGGAAAUGAAUUGUUGGAGCCUUAUCCCAAUGGUCAGAAUUUAGAUCUUGACUAUGAUGAAAAAUCUUAUUAUAGGGACGAGAGUAUCGAAAGGGAUAUAAUGGACGGUCCUCUUCGGUCUACAUCAAAGUUCACGCAAAGUAGAAAAGGUAGAUCUAAUUUAAGAAGAGAUAGACAGUGGGAAAAAGACAGAGAAUCAUUAGAUCUAGACAGGCACGGUCAUUCUCGAAGACUGGAGAAACCACAGUCAUUGAGAAGUCGCUUUUCUCCUCAACCAAGACGUUCUCCAUCCAGACUAUCUCACGAACGCUUCAGACGUGGGUCUAGAUCGCGAUCGAGAUCAUGGUCGAGAUCAAGGUCUAGAUCUAGAUCGAGGACGCGAUCGCGUUCUCGAUCAACGUCGAGGUCAAGGCCAAUGAGAUCAAGGUCGAGAUCCAGAUCUAGGUCGGGAUCGCGAUCACGAACCAGAUCAACCUCGGGAUCUAGACUGAGAAGCCCGGAUCACGGUUUAAGGAUGACGGACCGAUUACGGUCCUCCAGAUCACCCUCUAUGGGACGAGGUAGAGUCAACGAAAGGAAGGAUGAGCACGAUAAUCGAAAAAUAGAUAGCUGCGGCGAAGUCGGCAGACGCAUCGAAACGAUCGUCCAGUCGGUUUCUGGGAUGUCUCGAGAAUCAGCUGUGUUAGACUCGGAAAUGCACAUUGGUGACAAUAUGGACACGGUCGGGGCUGGUUUCCAAUAUACUAACGAGAACGAAAUUGGAAACGAAUACUAUUAUAGCGAAAAUAACUUGACUUAUCCUCCGUGCAUUGACGACUCGGCUACGAGUUCUCCGAAACGAUUGUCCCUCGACGAUAGGCUGGAACUCGAACUGGGGAUUAAGAAGCAACAGGACACAGCGGGGUUGUCCAGUGAUUAUGCUGAUAACUUCGGUUCGAACGUAUGUUAUUCACCAUCGCCGCAACAACAGCAACAGAUACUGUACCGUCAGCAACCUACGGUCUUACAGGUGGGCAACGUGUUACAAGUGGUGCCCGCCGACUUCAACGGAGUCCCGACAGUCCGCCGAGAAGCACCGAGUUCCUCACCAGCUCCGAUUGUAAGAGGUUCUAGCCAAGUAGUACGUGUAGGUAAUGUUCUCCAAGUAGUACCCACGUCAUUAGACUGGAGCGGUGGACCUCCCGCGUCAGUGGAACAACCGACAGGGAUGAUGUACCCCGCGACAGUCCCACAGCCUUCUCCAGUUCCUUCAACCCCUAUAUCUGUACCUGUUCCAGUUCCCGUUCCUAUGCCAGUGCCUGUACCCUCCAUGAGUUCAUCGACCCCUGUACCUACCCUAUCCCCGGCUCCACUCCCUGUUUCUGUUCCUGUGCCGGUUCCUGUCCCGGUUGCACUUCCAGUGGUGCAGACGGCGUUCCCCAGAACAGAAGUGGCCGCACCAAAAACAACAAUUCAGCCGGUGUACAAUUACGAGGCGAUUUUAGAGACUCGACGCAAGGAAAGGGAGGAACGGAAACGGUUAAGAGAAAUGAAGAGGAAGGAGAAGGAACGAAGACGGAUUGAAAGGAUCAACCGACGCGCUCUUCGAUUGCUCGAGAAGAAUAACAUGCGUCAGUCUGACAGCGGUCAGCAAACGAGUUCGAGUCUAGACCCCGCAGUCCUGAAGGCUCUUCGAGAAACCGAUGAGCAGGGUGAAGUAGAAGAGCAGUCCGCUCUGGCAAUUCCUGAAAAGGGGGAAGAGGCCUCGGUUGCACCGCCACCUGCUCCAGCCGAGGAGGAAGACGUAGUUGCUGAUGAUGACGAAGAAGAAGAAGAAGAGGAUGAAGCUGAGGUGGACGAUGACGAGGAAGACGAGGAGGAAGCAGAAGACGAUGAAGAAGAAGACGAGGAAGAUGAUGAGAAGUCUUCCUCGAGGAUAAGUAACCGACGAAGCGAGGUGGAUGAGACUGCUACAGCGACAACCUCCGAGGCGAGCAAAGUCCAAGUUGAAAUGGAGGCCAAGGAAUGGCUAGAGUUGCCUCCACCACCCUUAAAAGGAAUUUUAGUUGCACCAGGUUUCAGGAGAUCUUUGGUUCCCAAUGGUAACUUGGACGACAUGUCAACUCCUGAGAAUGAGAGCGACGACAAUACAGACAAGGAAAGCUCGGAAAUGGACAGAAUCAUGGAAUUCAAUAAGGAUGAAACCGGUGACACUAAAUCCGGCAAGUUAAGAAUUCAAAUCAAAGCCAAAUCGAAGUCGUCGAAACUUGGCAUGAGAAAACAAAGAAGCAAAAAAUCGGUUCAAUUCGCGGAUGGAAUCAAACCAGGGGAAGGUACGAGUCCUAGUGGAGGUGAAGGAGACAUGCCUUCUCCUCCACCCCCUACAACAGUUAUUACUCGGGAUGGAAUCCGUGAAGUUCGAAGGUCCAGCUCUAGAAAGAGUAGAAAACAGGAGAAGAGGACUCGACCGCCUAAGGCGAAGAAGAAAGUGAAGGUGAAAAUUAUAAAACUGAAGAAGCCACGCGUCACUCCUUUAACGGCGAUGAUGAUGGACGACUCUGACGAAUUGGACGACCGUUCUCCACCACCACCGCCACCGGGUUCACCACCGCCACCGCAUCUUUGGCCAAGCUAUCUUUCUGCUUAUAAUUCUACCAAUCGUCCCAGCGAAGCUCAAUCUACGUCGUCCACGGUAUCCAACACAGUUCAGGCUCCGCCACCGCCGACACCAUUGCCUCUUCUUGUUCCUCCUCCUCCCCUGAAUUAUACAAUACAACCCUGUAGUAAAGCGUAA